CAUGGUAUCAACGCAUCAGCCAUUCUAUACCACAAAAAGGCCAAAAAGAAGAGGGCAAAAAUCAAACAUGAGUGCGUGCAAGAGCUCAGUAAUAACGACGUCCAGUGAGGACGAAGAUGAGUUCUUGUUCGCCAUGGAAAUGAAUGCGCUGAUAGGCAUCCCCAUGGUGCUGAAGGCCACCGUUGAGCUCGGGAUCCUGGAGAUGCUGGCCGAGGGCGGACCAUCCGGCUCACCUCCACCGCUCUCCCCUGCCGAGAUUGCAUCGCGCCUGCCUACGAAGAACCCCGAAGCCCCCGUCACUCUGGACCGGAUGAUGCGGCUUCUCGCGAGCAACUCCAUCCUCUCGUGCACUCUCGCCCAGGGCCCAGACGGGGACACCCGGAGGCUCUACGGCUUGGGACCCAGGAGCAAGUACUUUAUGAGAACCCGCGGGGCAUCGACAUUCCCUGCGUCCAUGCUGCUUUACUUGACCGACAAAAUCAUGACCGGCGGCUGGUACUGCUUAAAAGACGCAAUUAUGGAAGGAGGAAGGCCCUUCGAACUUGCAAAUGGCAUGAACAUUUUUGAGUACGCGAGCAAGGACGACAAGUUCAAUGUGCUAUUCAACAACGCAAUGCAAGGCUCGACCAACGUUUACAUGAACAAAAUUGUCGAGAUUUACCGCGGUUUCGACAAUGCAAAGACAGUGGUUGAUGUCGGCGGUGGGGUUGGGGCAACCCUUAGGAUUAUAGUGUCCAAAAACCCACACAUACAUGGUAUCAACUUUGAUCUACCUCAUGUUGUCAGAGAGGCAUCUUCGAUUCCUGGUGUUGAACACGUCGAAGGGGACGUGACGAAAUACAUCCCCAAAGCAGACGUCAUUUUACUGAAGGUUACACAACUUCAGUUGCCUCUUUGGUGGCUAAUUCACUGUGGAGACGAAGAGUUUGGCGUGAAGGUAUUGAAGAAUUGCUGGGAGGCAUUGCCGGAGAAAGGCAAGGUGGUGAUCAUGGACGUGGUCCUUCCAGAAUAUCCCGACACCGAUGCUGUGAACCGGAACUCAUUCUUAGCGGACAUAUGGAUGCUAAGCAGCACUCCCGGGGGUAAGAUGUGGACGGAGAAAGAGCUCCAGGUCAUGGCACUUGCGGCUGGUUUCGACGCUCCAAAAGUUGUGUGCCGAGCUUACAACAUGUGGGUAGUUGAACUACACAAAAAGAUCUGACUUCUUGUCGUCGCCGAAUGUCAAUGGUUUCAUCCUUGAAGAAUAAGUCUGUAUGUCGCGAACUCAUUUGAAUUGUGAGGAGAGUCUCCAGAUUUCUCUAGGAACUUUGAUAUCUGCUUGUGUUUGCCUUCGGCCCCCUUUGUUUGCCUUCAUUUCAAGAAAUAAGUUAUAUUGCUACGGACAAAUUCUGUUUAA